AGGAACGGCCGACUCCGACAAAGCAAAGCCCAGGGAGACUUGGGACCAGGAGCUGCUGGGGACGCGGGCUUUAGGACACUUGGUAGAGGGAGUACUUGAGGAGAAGCAGCCACAGGACUUGUUUCAUACAAAUCUCUCUGAGACAAGUGAGAAAACAAGGUGAUGAUUGUACAAAGAGUGGUAUUAAAUUCCCGUCCUGGAAAAAAUGGCAAUCCAGUUGCUGAAAAUUUUAGAAUGGAAGAAGCAAAUUUACCUGAUAAUAUCAAGGAAGGUCAAGUGAAAGCUAAAACUCUUUAUCUUUCUGUGGAUCCUUAUAUGCGUUGUAGAAUGAAUGAAGACACUGGUUCUGAUUAUAUAACACCUUGGCAACUGUCUCAAGUGACUGAGGGAGGAGGUAUUGGGAUUAUAGAAGAAAGCAAACAUGGAAAUUUUAAGAAAGGAGAUUUUGUGACAAGUUUUAUGUGGCCCUGGCAAACCAAGGUCAUUCUGGAUGGAAAUGGUCUUGAAAAGGUAGAUCCAAAGCUUGUAGAUGGGCACUUGUCCUACUUUCUGGGAGCUAUAGGAAUGCCUGGCUUGACUUCCUUGAUUGGAAUACAGGAAAAGGGUCACAUCACUUCUGGAUCGAACCAGACCAUGGUUGUCAGUGGGGCAGCUGGUGCUUGUGGAUCCUUGGCUGGGCAGAUUGGCCAUUUGUUGGGCUGUUCCCGAGUGGUGGGGAUUUGUGGAACACAAGAGAAGUGCCUCUUUCUGACCUCAGACUUGGGCUUUGAUGCUGCAAUCAACUAUAAGAAAGGGAAUGUGGCAGAACAGCUCCGUGAACUCUGCCCCGAUGGAGUGGAUGUAUACUUUGACAAUGUUGGUGGUGACAUCAGCGAUACGGUGAUAAGUCAGAUGACUCAGAACAGCCACAUAAUCCUGUGUGGUCAAAUUUCUCAGUACAAUAAAGAUGUCCCUUAUCCUCCUCCGUUACCCGCUGAUAUAGAGGCAAUCAGGAAAGAAAGAAACAUUACAAGAGAAAGGUUUCUGGUGUUAAAUUAUAAAGAUAAAUUUGAGUCUGGUAUUCUACAGCUGAGUCAGUGGUUUAAAGAAGGAAAACUAAAGAUAAAAGAGACUACUACAAAUGGGUUAGAAAACAUGGGAGCUGCUUUCCAGUCGAUGAUGACAGGAGGUAACACAGGAAAGCAGAUCGUCUGCAUUUCAGAAGACACCUCUCUAUAAUUCCUGCCAAUGUUUCACCAAGAAAAUACACUUAUUUCUUCCCAUUCUGUGGAAUCAUUUUCAAGAUACAUUAAAAAAUCCUUAGAAUACUUA